UUAUAGUUAAAGUGUUGCAUCUCAUCUCUACAACUUCACCAUUGUAAUAAUAUAUCCUGUAUGCCACACUAUUACAUUGAACUGUAAUAUAACCACACUCUACUAUUCUGACGUAAUUCAAUUGCGUAGCACUUUGCCCCCUUUACGCGCCGCGGUAGUGUUUUGCGUUCCUGUAUUCCGCGUCAUAGCUAAGUUAGCUCUCAGGCGGCUAACAACUAAUUUGAACAGAUAUGAGGAGGGCGUUUGAAAAGAAAUCAUAAGCAACCUAUAAAUUCAUGUUUGAUGGAGACAACAUUUAAUACACCAUCAGCUGCGCCCAGGGAUACAUGUGAAAUGGACCAUCGUACUGGACACUCUCGUGUGAUGUCAGACAGUAUGUCCCUGCCCUCCUUUGUGGAGUACCCCACGGACCGACCUUUUAUCAACGCAAACAUUCCCCGACGGUCCCUCGACAGGCCUGUAAAGGCUUUUCCAGAAAGCAAUACUGCAGCCAUUCUUUCGGCACUGAAGAACCUGCAGGAGAAGAUCCACAGGCUGGAGCUGGAGCGGUCCCAGGCAGAGGAGAACCUGCAGAGGCUGACCCGGGAAAGCACCCGACACAAGGCCGUCCUGGAGGCUGAACGCGGGGGCAGCGAACACAACCAAGGUGAAACGGUUGUUGUCCGAGACCCUUCAGAGCUGCACCUGUACCAUCCGUUUAUGACUCCAGAUCUGACUCCUCCGUGCCUUCUUCCCCCCACAGAGCUGGCCACGCUGCUGGCCGCGGCCGAGUCGCGCUGCAGCCUCCUGGAGAAGCAGCUGGAGUACAUGAGGAAGAUGGUGCGCAACGCGGAGUCUGAGAGGACCGCCGUGCUGAAGCAGCAGGCGUCCAUUGAGAAGGAAAGAUCAGAUGACCAUGCUGACGUUCAGGCCAAAUUUGAGAAGCUGGACAUGUUGGAACAGGAGUACAUGAAGCUUACUGAGACUCAGAACCUAGCAGAGAGUAAAAUCCGAGAGCUGGAACAGAAGCUGCAGGAAGAGGAGCAUCAGAGAAAGCUGGUUGAAGACAAGGCUGCUGAGUUACAGACGGGGCUCGAGGCCAAUCGCAUCCUGCUCCAGUCAGUGUCCCCCUCCCCAGCCAGGGUCACAAAAGAGAAAAAGAAAAAAACUGCUGUCAAGAAGCCACUGCAGCAGCCCCACUCGCACGCACAGCCACAUUACAGACUGAGCCUCGGGGAUGUGCCGUUUGUGGCAGGAACGUCCACAACCACAAGCCAUUCAGUCCGUGCCAACGUCCAGCACGUUCUUCACCUCAUGAAGCAGCACAACCCCCAGUUGUGCAAUGACCGAGUGCUCGGUGGCGUCCCGCUGGCCAGCAGGUCCUCCCAGGCCACCCACUCCGAUGGGAAGAAGGCUUCAGUGUGCCGAUCCUGCAGUAGCUCCUCGUCUUCCUCUUCCUGCAGCGAGGAGCUGUCGGAGCUGCUGCUGGCCCUGCAGGAUGAGUUCGGCCACAUGAGCUUUGAGCACCGGGAGCUGGUGAAGCAGAUUCAGGACUCGCGGACAGACAGUCUACGGCAGCACCUGGAGCAGGAGCUGGAGAACCUGGUGAAGCGAAUGGAGGGCAAAGGGGAACAGAUCGCCAAGGUGCGAAGGCACCAAGCACAGAUGGAGAAGCUGAAAAAGGAGUCGAGGGGUCAGAAGGGGCGCCCGGGCAGGGUGAAGGUGAUCACCACGGUGACCACGCGGGGCAGAGCGGCUGGACCAAUCAAGGUGAAGUCGGGGAACAACAGCAAAGACAGUCUGAGGCUGCUGAGGGAUAUGCAGAGCCUCCAGACCUCCCUACGCAGUGACCAGAUCACCUGGAGCUACUGAGCGUGUGUGCGUGUGUGUCUCGCACUCCACCACCCUGGCAUAACCUUCUCCCUGUGGUCUGGACAACAUCAUGCCAAUGGACAUUAAACGUAAAAUCACAGGACAUGCUCAAUUAUGCUGUGGCCUUCGCACAAAAAUUGGGCCCAGGUCUACUACCGGAACCACUUAACAGGGUCUUUUGGAACUCCGCAGGGGGAUUCUUACUGUGCAGCGUAUGGUUCCUAAACACUGCAAGCUAAAACAUCGGGGGGGGGGUUAGCUUUUGUCUCUCGAUUGCACUACAGCACAAUCAGCACACGCUGCACAUCCGCAUACAUAUGACAUCCAUUUAAAAUGCAGUUCAUGGCUUUAAUAUUACCGAAACCUAACCUUGUUUUUAUAAAGGAAUGGAAGAUCAAUCUUGUUGUGAGGAAACUCUUUAUUCUAAAAAUCUCAGUUUACCUUCAAGCCACUUGUGCCUCAGUGAUCACAGAUUGUUCCGAGUGGAAAAAGAGGGCCUCUGAAAUCCACAAUAUGAAGUUUACAACCCAAUGACUGGGCCGCUGGGAAGUGUCAAAACUGUGAAGUGGUGGUGAAGGCUGAGAUCGUACCCACUUUCCCUUCCUACUUCCUGCUUAGCGAUUUGAAUGUGUGAAAAAGAAAAAAAACUGGAGUAUUUGUUGUAACUGAAGGGGAAGGAUGUGUUGGGGCAGGAAGGUGUAACGUUUCGCUCUGACAUGACCUGGGUUGACUUCCUAAUAGUUUGUGGAAUUCUGAUGUUUUACAAUAAAGUAUUUAUUUUUUAAA